CAAAAAAUGACUCCAUGGUAACUGAGGACCAAGAGGCCUUAUAUACAGUAGACGGUGUUAGUCAUCAUUACUCUCCCCCAGACACGAUGCAGCGUCUCCUGUUGGUGUGUGUCCUGCCGGCCCUCACCCUCGCCUCCUCCCUCUACGAAUACUGGGAGGCGUUUCCAGAGGACGAAGGGUAUGGACCGGGGUGUGUGGAUGGGAAACUCGUCUAUCCCGACAUCCCCGACGACAUCAAAGCAAAUUGUUUGGGUGAAAAUCCCCCCGAACCUCUUAUAAUCACCAACGACGCCGACUGUUCCUCCUACAUCAGGUGUCAUAAUGGCGAUGCCUCGCCUAUUAUAUGCUGCCAAAAGGAAUUUCUAUGACACCAUGGAGGUCUGCGACGAUCCAGAGCAU